ACAAACCCCCUGAGCAAUGGUGGAAGAUGGAAGUUGAUGGGGCAUCCGGUCCUAGGGGAUACGGGGGUGGUAUCGUGUUCACCACCCCAGAAGGGUUCAAGAUCUACCAUGCAAUCAUCUUCAACUUCAAGCUGACGAACAAUGAGGCAGAAUAUGAAGCUCUGGAUGGAGGGCUCAGACUUGCCCAAGCCCUGAAAAUCAGCCGGGUCAGUAUCAAAUCUGACUCUAGCCUGAUAGUAGGGCAGGUGACCGGUAACAUGGAAGCAAGGGAAGGACGCAUGGCACAAUACAAGGACCUUGUACUUGCCCUGUUGAAAGGCUUCGAAGAAUUCAAGAUCGCCCAAAUUCCCCGGGCGGAGAACGCG